CACUCACCGAAAUUGAGCCAAUAGCAACCGCCAGUCUCCAGUUACACUGCGCAUGCGUGGUAGAAGAAGAAGAAGAAGAAGAAGACCGUUAAGUUUGAGCAGCAACAAACUGUUGCCCUGUUAGUUUUCACUUGAGGACACCAGAGGAGGAUUGUUUCUCUGCAGUUUAACGGUGGCUGUAACUAACUUUUCAUCAUGGAGCGCAUCUUCCUGGAAUGUCAGGUCUGCCUCUCCACAUUUAACAGGAUCUGUGAUUUCAAGAGCCAUGUGAACUCAAGUGUACAUCAAAAGAAAAUGGUAGACGUCUUCCAGCAAGAUAUUGUCAACGGUUAUGUUGCCAUUCCCUCCAUUGUGUUGAUCAAUCAGCCAACCAAACUUCGUCAGGUCAAACAACCCAUCAUAGGCUUGUCUAUGUGUUUCAGUCGAGGGAACUAUGGAUCGUUUUACCUGUGCCAUGUCUGUGAGGAAAAGAUUAAUACUGAAAAGAUCAUAUCCCACCUCUCUUCUAUCGACCACUGCAGCAACUACUUUAACCGCACAAACCCCAACGCACUGAGUUUCUCCUGGAUCCCCAGCAGGAAUAUGAGCCACAUUCUGAGGCGUGAGGUCACACAGGAAGGAAAAGAAAAGAGGCGCAGUGAACUUCAGAUGUUGAAUUUACCUGGAAAUCUGUCGACACAGCUUAAAUCAUGUACCUACUCUGAAGUGAUGGACAUUCUCAGGGAAAAGACCAAGCUUGUCAAGCAGCUUGAAGUUAAGCCAAAGAAGACGAUGAUACAAACAUACCAAAGAGACAGCAACAGGGAACAUCCACUUCUUGGCCUGCAGCACCUUGUUGAAUGCAUUUGUGUCGGGCAGACUGAGAGGAGAUACUACCUCUGCACGCUCUGCCACCUGACUGUGCCCGCCCGCACGAUCAUCAAACAUGUCCUGAGCUUCGACCACAUCUUUUGUUACUUUAGAGUGUGGCACCCGUCUACUUUGUUGGCAAGAGAAUCCUACAGGGAAUACACCAAGUCAUUUGCUGCCAAGAUGCUUGAUUUAGCAAAGCAGACUGAGAAAAUCCAUGGUACUGCAAAUGUUGAUAUGAAGCAAGUGCGCCUGGAGCCUGCCAAAUUCACAUCAGUGAAUUUCACUUGUUAUGCAAAAGCUUUGGAAGAGCUGGGAUCCAUCAAUAAGGAAAACAAAGGGAGCAGCUUGAUUACAAACGUCACACCAGGGAACAAGCUGGAAGGGCAGUGCAGCCAACAAGGGAAAAUGGGCUCUUGCUCGGUCAGCUCCAACUCGACCAGCUCUAACCCGGCCAGCUCCAACCUGGCCAGCUCCAACCCAGCCAGCUCUAAACCGGCCAGCUCCAACCUGGUCAGCUCCAACGUGGCCAGCUCUAAACCGGCCAGCUCCAACCCAGCAAGCUCCAACCCGGCCAGCUCUAAGGCCAGCUCCAACCCGGCCAGCUCUAAGGCCAGCUCUAGCCCGUUUAGCUCUAAGGCCAGCUCCAACCCGGUCAGCUCCAACCCAGACAGCUCCAACCCGGUCAGCUCCAACCCAGCCAGCUCUAAACCGGCCAGCUCCAACCCAGCCAGCUCCAACCCGGUCAGCUCCAACCCGGCCAGCUCCAACCCAGACAGCUCCAACCCGGUCAGCUCCAACCCGGCCAGCUCCAAACCGGCCAGCUCCAACCCAGCCAGCUCUAAACCAGCCAGCUCCAACCCAGCCAGCUCUAAACCGGCCAGCUCCAACCCAGCCAGCUCCAACCCGGCCAGCUCUAACUCUGCCAGCUCUAGCCCGGCCUUGACCACGUCCCUCGACCUCCACGCCAUAUGUUACAAACUACACUGUCAGAACUGCAGGAAGAGCUUUAGAUGUAUGUCUCAGUAUUGCAGACAUGUGUCAACGUGGGAACACAAACAUAUGUUGAAGGAAUCCCGUGGUGGAGAAUGGAAACCCAGGCUGGGCUUAUACAAGUACCUCAUCGAGAGCUUGAGGCGAAAUCACCCAGUUACUGGUGUGCCCCUGGUUGUGACGUUGGUCACCACUCAGGUUCAGAACGAACCUCUUUAUAUAUGCUUUGCUUGUGAGGACUGUUUCUCCGAGUCUUUUGUCAAACAACACUUUGACUCUCGGAAACACGUCAUAAACACAGUGCUGUACCAGAAUCCCUGGCGGCUGACUUUUGCAUGGGAGAAUCAUCUGUCUAUGAAAGACUUGAGGUCAAUGGCAUGGGAAGAAGAGAUGGAAAGACCAAAUCAGAGAAUGCUGAAGAUACUUGAUAUCCCAAACUGGAUGCUUCAGAGCCUCGGGACACUUUGUUACCGAAAAGUGAUGGAGAAACUGGAACUACAACACACUCUCUUAAAGCGUGACGUUCCAAAGUGUGAAACAUACAGCAAACUCCAACAAAACGAGAGAUUUCCUCUGCUCGGUGGACAGUUCCUGGUCAUGCACGACAUUUGCAUCAAAGGGCAGCAGACCACAGAUGUGGGAUUCCUGUGUUUGCUCUGUUGUAGGAGGUUGUCAGACGACGAAUGUUACACUCAUUUGUUCAGUCUGCAACAUGUUGCAGAAUUUAUAGACCGUUUCCACCCAGGCUCGCUGAAUUCAAGCAUUGAUGCAGAGACCGUAUUGGACUUGGCAAAACAGGCAGCAUAUAUUCACCCCAUAUCACAUGUGCAGGUGAUGAAAUUGGACAAGCCCAUCUGGGAGACAUGCUCCUACUUUAAAGCACUAUCCAUCCUGAUGACUGCAAAUAAGGGAGAAGGAAAAGCAAGGCUUCAACCCCCAAUAGUGCCUGGAAAGAAGUUGUUCCCCAGAGGAACUCUGAAAGAUGUGAACAAGGACCAUGUCAGAGACAACAAUCAGAAAAACAGCAGGAUGGUGGAGGGGUGUGAGGAAACAACGAGUCAAAAAUCUACAGACAAUAGUGAGACGACCCUGAAUAAGAUGUCUGUAGUUGGUGCUGGAGUCACCGGUUCACGCUGUGUAGAAAGUGGAGAAAAUGCAGAAAAGGGAGACGACAAGGAGACUCUUACACCAAGUGAAAAAGAAUCUGAGAAGAGAGGAGGGGUGUUUUCAGAAACUGGUUCGGAGGAGAAAAGGAAUGCAGGUAAUGAAUCAUGUCAGGCAAUAAAGGAGGAGAAGAUAGAAGAGCCUACAGCAGGAAGUGGGGAAGCGCCAGAAAGCAGCCAGAACACGGACAAAUUUUACCCAACAGAGACUGGAAAAGAGAGGAGUGAAAGUAGUAAAGAUGUCCCGACACAGUUGACACAAAAGAGGAAAGUCUCUCCCUGCACUGUUGAGGAUGUAGAGCAAGAAAUGAGCCAUAAAAGGCAGCGGCUCACAUCCAAAGAAGAUGCCUCUUGUGAAGCACCUCAAAACCUGACAAGUAGCAAAAGGGCAGGACAAAAGGAGGCAACCACCGCAGACAAGGGAGAAAAUUGCAAACAAAGUCACGAGACAGCAACGUACGAAGGCAAUGUGGAGAUUGAUGGUGAUUCAGAAGAGUCUAAGUCACAGCCAUCCUCAGUAACUACAGCCGUGUCUGCAGUGACUGAAACCACCUCCAAUACAGCCAAAGUCUCCCCUGAAUCAAAUGAGGAUGUCAGAAUGACCUGUAUCAAAGUGUCUGAGUCGGCUGACAACGCUGACACCUGUCCUUGUGAGGAUAAAGCUAAAAUCAUUUCAAACACAACUGUUGGACCAUUAAAAAUAGCAACCACUUCCAAAAUAGAGGGGACAUCUGAAACGGCAGCAGAUUCUACUGUAACCACCCCCACCACGUCCAUGACAGCCAUCUCCAAGUUCACAGCCAAAUCUUCCAAUUGUGCUCCAGACACCACCAAAUCGGCGGCACCCACCUCCAAACUUACAGCCGCCACCUCCAGCUGUACAACAGCCACCAAGAAAUUGAGAGAAACCGCCUACGUAUGUACAUCAACUAUCUCUGUCUGCACUGCAACCACCUCCACCUCUAGUGCAACCAUCUCAAGUGUGACCUCCAUCACAAAAUCUGCAACAUUGUCCAAACCACUGGAGAGAAGAACUGGAGCUGCAGCCAAAGUCACAGCGACAUCAUACAAAGCUGCCGCCGCCUCUAACACAGGAUCCAAAGCAGCGCGUGAAGCCGUCUGCAGAACUGCACCCGCUUCCAAAGUGGAAAACGCUUCAAAUAAUUCAGAAAAUGCAUCCAAAACUGUGGUCGCGUCUUGUACUGUGGUGACAUCCGUAGCCACUGCUAAAAUGACAGUUAAAGGUAAAAAUACUGAAGCCUCUGUCAAGACUGCACAAAUGAAGAGUUCAGUGGGAUCAACUGCUGAUGUUGCACCAAAUAUUCAUAAGGCACCUGCAGCUCUCUGCCUGAUCAUGCCCAAGAAUCCACCCACAGAGCCAUCACACAACCCCGCAAGUAAGAAAUGGCAAAGUGCAAGCCCUCCUGAAGUUGGCUUAAACCAGCUGAUGAAAGUGAAAUGUGGAGAAAAGAAGCAAGUCUACUGUCUGCUAUGUUCAGUCAGGUUGCGAGGGCGCUGUCACGUAACCGACUUUACCCACCAGUAUAACUAUGCGAAAAUGAAGUCCCCUGAGCAGGUUUCAGAGCUGAAGCCGUCAGAGCUGCAGAGGGAAUUGACCAAGUUAGUGACCCUCUUGGCUGAGGCCGACAGAGAUGUAGGAUCCCAGUCCUUCUUGACAGUGAAAGUGAACAUUGAUGACUACAAAGAGCUGGCUGCUCUUUCAGCGGACAAAGCUAUAGGACGACUGAAAGCAAUUAUGAGACAGAAAGACUUGAUGAGGGCCUCAUCAACUUCCACAACUGAUACUGAUGCCAGUCCAUGUGAAGUUUCAAGCCAAGAUGAUGAAUCCAGUUCAAAAGAGGAAGGAGCUCCUGCUGUGGGUCCGUCCAACAGAGCUCAGAGCGUGAAGAGUUCAGAGCCUGAAGCUAAUGACCUGAUUCCAGACCAGCUUCAUUCGUGUUCGAUCUCGAAUAAUAAUAAGCCCAAUGCAAAUCGUAGUGUUCAAGACGCAGGCAUUGCAGCAGUCAAAAUGGUGAAAGCUCAGUGUUAUGUGCCUCCUCUUGCCACCGACGCUGCAGGCAGCUUUGCCAAAACCCCUGAUACAUGCCAAGAGACUCCAGAGAAGAGACAACAGCAGGAGAGAAGUCGUCCAGAGUUACAGGACACACGGAAGGUGCUGGAAGGCUCUCAGAAAGCAUCAACUGUUAAACUGCUCAACCCGGACCCGCUCUCUUCUGCUGCUACAGUGAAUACAGAACAGCAGAACAAACCAGGACCCAGACGGAGAGCACAAGAUGUAUCCGAACACUCACAAGUGCUCCCAAUGAUUUCAAUAUUGUUCUCGAAUAAUAAUAAGCCCAAUGCAAAUCGUAGUGUUCAAGACGCAGGCAUUGCAGGCAGCUUUGCCAAAACCCCUGAUACAUGCCAAGAGACUCCAGAGAAGAGACAACAGCAGGAGAGAAGUCGUCCAGAGUUACAGGACACACGGAAGGUGCUGGAAGGCUCUCAGAAAGCAUCAACUGUUAAACUGCUCAACCCGGACCCGCUCUCUUCUGCUGCUACAGUGAAUACAGAACAGCAGAACAAACCAGGACCCAGACGGAGAGCACAAGAUGUAUCCGAACACUCACAAGUGCUCCCAAUGAUUUCAAUAUUGUUCUCGAAUAAUAAUAAGCCCAAUGCAAAUCGUAGUGUUCAAGACGCAGGCAUUGCAGCAGUCAAAAUGGUGAAAGCUAAGUGUUAUGUGCCUCCUCUUGCCACCGACGCUGCAGGCAGCUUUGCCAAAACCCCUGAUACAUGCCAAGAGACUCCAGAGAAGAGACAACAGCAGGAGAGAAGUCGUCCAGAGUUACAGGACACAUGGAAGGUGCAGGAAGGCUCUCAGAAAGCAUCAACUGUUAAACUGCUCAACCCGGACCCGCUCUCUUCUGCUGCUACAGUGAAUACAGAACAGCAGAACAAACCAGGACCCAGACGGAGAGCACAAGAUGUAUCCGAACACUCACAAGUGCUCCCAAUGAUUUCAAUAGGGGAAAGCAGUGAGGGCCGCAGUCAUUUGUCCAUAUACUUGAAUGGACAUGAACCAAUCAUAGGUCUGGGAUUAAUGUGGGAGUGUCGAGUUAUGACUGUGCGCACAUUCUACCUGUGUGAGAGCUGCAGUGAGACGCUCCUCAGCCGUGAUAUAGUCCAACACAUGCGCAGCGAUGAUCACCAGUACAACUUCAUCCGGAUGCGGCACCCUGGCUUUCUGUACUUCUGGUCGGAUGAGCUGCUGCUCCCAUGGAUGAAAUUGAACAUUUUGAAGGGUAUCGUCAAGAAGGUCUCAAAACAGGAGCGUUUCAACGAGAUGGAUGCGCAGGUUAUACUGCUGGGAAAGGAGAUGUUUAAACCGGUUUGGACAGCUUCGUUCAGCGACGCUUUAAAAUUGGUUAAAGAAAUCAAGAAACAAAAGAAACUGACCAUCCCUCAUCCAUCCAUCUUUAGUCCACAACAAAAGGACAAGCAGCCUGAGAGCCGGCAGAGUCCAGAGGAAUCUCUUCCCACGGAGGUGCAGCCAUCACAGGCACUUGAGACUGACCAGAGAAGUGACAAUGGAGCAAAACAAAAAACUGAGAAACAUCCUUUGGAAGAGAUGGAUGGAGAUUUGGAUGGGGUCAAACAAAGAAGUCCUCUGGAUGUGACCCGUGUCUCCCCAAAGGCUGAUCCUGUCAUCUCUCCGUUCUCUGGUGCUGGCACCUGUCUCAGUCCCCAAGAGCAACCAGAACCCAGACCGCCAGUCUCUCAGCACCAGAGGCCUAUCCCCGAGUUGCAAGUGAAACAGGUGGAGCUGCACUCAGAAUCCCCAUCUUCCUCUAUUGUUUGUCCUAAAACCAGUCAAACCCUGUCCGUGUCUCCCAGAGAUGAAUACUUUCCAACCAGAAAAAGAGCAGCUGUUGAAUCUAUUGAAACACUGGUCAGAUCUUGCACCAAUAACCCCCAACUCGAGGACCCUCUGCCAGCACUAUGCAGUGAGCUGCAGCCCAUCAGCGCCGAAUCAGCCUCCGAGUCCACUUCUGUUAAACCUGCUGCCACCUCCACCCUCCUGUCUCCUAUGGACAAAGACACAGAACCUGGAUUCGAUGAACAAGACACACCCGCUAUAGACAUGGAAAAGUUUGAUGACCUAAUGGCUCUGUUGAGAAAGAUGAAAUCUGAGCUAAAUAUGUCUCCUUGCACAUCAGCUCCAGGCAAGAGCGAGACUACCACCUCCUGCGCUAACAAUUCAUCCGAAAGUGGUGUGGAAAGAAGACAGGAUCCAGAGCCUGUGCAGACAACAUCUAAUGUGGCCACAAAACAAGCAAGAUGGGAUUCAAAGUGGCAAAUGCUUAAAGUGACAAAAAAUCCACCCUCCGCUAACUCACUGGAGAUGUUUUCAACAGCAGCUCCUGAGGUCUUGAGCCAUGGCAACCAACUCGUCGCCUCUAAUGCCAGCUCUGUUAUCACCUCAUCUCCUGAGGGCUCCACUUUCACGAGGGGCGACCUUUUGUUCGGAGUGACUGAAGCCAACGCAGUCACGCAGUUACCUUCUGCCAGCACCGCUGACCCCAGUGACCCACAAAACCAGAACGAUGCACAGAGCACCUUUGGAAGCCAGCCUCACCCUAGUCCCAUCUACGAUAAUCCAGGUCAGAUACCACAGCCACGAGAUAACACAGAGACUGACAGCACUGGGGUUCGUCAGUUGCCCAUUAACGCCAUCGUAUCUGUCAGGUCAAACCGCCAUAACCAGCGGUUUAUGGGCAGCUAUAAUAGACAGGACCCCACUGAGGUGAACAACCAGGUCACUCACAGCUUCUCCACAGGGGCAACAGUAAGCCCCAGUGACGCCUCAGGAGGAUACGGUCAGUACAGACAAAUGGCUUAUUUCGCAAACGGACUGUCGGGUUAUUUUUCCACUGAGGCUGUUGGAAGUUACACAGCACCAGCCAACCCUCCUGUAUACACUGAGAGUUCAUACCAAUGUGAGGGGUUCACCACAGGGGCGCCCAACCCAAGUCCGAUUUACCCAGAGCAAGGAGCAACCCGCUUCAGUCUGCAAUCAUUUGGACACAUUUUAACAGCUCCAGCGCUCCCAGAAUGGGUGAAGCUGGGGUUGUAUCAGCAGCAGUUAUUGCCGCAGCAGUACUCCUCAUGGAGGAGCACUUCCCUGGCUGCUGGAGACGGCACAGUGAUCAGUGAGGCGGCCUACGGAGGCGCCGCUCCAGUCACGACUCCAGCCACCAGUUCACAAAAGAUGAUCAACCUGAACGAUUACAGAACCCUCAGGGUCGCUCCAACGCAGAGCAGCAGCAACGUAGCAGCGCAGAACGUUCCUCAAACUUACGUCAACCCUCCAGUCGUUCACUAUCCACCUGGUGCCAAUACUGAAAUCACAUCCCAGCCACCUGCAAACUCCUUUUUUGCCUCUGGCGGAGGGUUCUAUGUUGUAGAGAAGUAGUGGUGGUAGGGAAACUACCUGUUAAACCAUGUAAAUAACAAGUUAUUUCUGCAGUACACUUGUUAGACAUUUUUUUCUAGCAGAAAUGAUUAAGUUCAGAUGUGUGUCUUACAUAUCACGUCUUCAUCAGUAAGAUGCCGCACAGCACAGUAGGGGAAGAUGUCUCACCGUGCCAAAGUAGGUGUAGAUUGUUCAUUUAUUUUCAAUAUGUUUGUGUGUUCACAUACACAUUCAUUUUAAAUGAAGUUAAACUUGAUUUUUUUUUUGAGUUUGUAAAACGUUCUAUUAAGCUACUGUAGCUUGUUUCAGUUUUUAAUAUUUCUAAUGUCACAGUAUUCAUCUAAUGUGAUUUUUUUUAGUUGUUUUAUAUUCAUGUUUUUUUCAUUUUAAUGAAAUUCCUGUAAAAUACAGAUCUUACGUUGAAUGUGAAAUAUAUUGUAUGUUUUUUGUGAAUUUUUUUUCCAUAAAUUCUAUUUUUCUCUUUGA